AUGGAUGAUGGAGACGGAGUUCGUGAGGUACAUGAAGAGAUUCGUCGACUAAGCGAUCGUUUCUACGCAGCAGUCUUGCUCGACAUCUUCACAAGAUACUGCAGACGACAAUCUGGUUUUGACCUUUCAGAUUCAACCCCGGGAACGAAGACCGUGCACGUGGCAGUCUCCUGGGCACUUGAGCUCAACACGUUGGCGCAUCUGUGUUUCGUGGUUGUGAUGGCCAGAGUCGUUGGUGCGCCGGUGGUGCUGGAACGGAUGCGGAGAAUCCAGCAAGACUCGGACGUAAACCUGGUGCUCGGCUUCACAUUCCUAUUGAUCUCCUCCGCUUUCUUUGCUUAUCUUCGCUGGUUCGUCCACGUGUAA